UUUUGUUUUUGGAAAGAGUUAUUGAAAAAAGGGUUUGAUAAAUGAUUAACUAUUAAUGUAUAGUUAAGCGAGGGCAUAUCAAAACCACCAUAAGAAAAUUAUUAACAUAUAUUAAUUUAAUAAUGGAUAAAAAGAUAAUAGCAGAUGUAUUCCAAAGACAUUUAGAUUAAUUGACUAGUCGACUAAAUGAUGUAUGGUUUAAUAAAUUAGAAGGUAGGACAUACCAGCACUGUGUAUUCUAUCAGGGAAAGAGGAUGGCUCAAUCAAACCUAAAACAAAGGCAUUAUUUGUAUGGUUAUUUGGAUACGAUAUGAUUGAGACAGUGUUCAUCGCAACAAAGAAGCAGAUAUUCUAUUUGGCAAGCGAGAAGAAGUGUAAAUAUGUUAUUUUUACUUUUGAAUAGUGUAAAUGAUGGAUGAAACUAAGCAACGAUUAGGCGGGAGAUACGAGGUACACUUCUAUAAGAAAGUUGGUGAUAAUCGUGAAAGCUUUGAAAAAAUUCGUUAGAAAUUAGGGAAUGUCAAGCUAGGAAUGCCUUCAACAGAGCAACAAGCAGGUAGUCUAGCCACAGAAUGGUAUGACUAUAAAGGAUGGUCUUAAAUUGUUGAUGCAAGUUAAUUGAUAAGCGAUAUACUUGCAGUCAAGGAUGAUUAAGAGUAAGCCUUUAUCAAUUAAUCCUCACAAUUGACUACUCGUCUAUUUAAGAAACUCAUUAAAUAAAUAGAGGAUUCAAUUGAUGUUGGAACCCGUAUUACUCAUUAAGAUUUAGCUAAGAAAGUAGAAUAAUCAUUAGAAAAUGAUAAGCUAAAAGUCAUCAAAGAUAUAGGAUUACAAGAUGGUUUAUAUGAUUUUGCAUAUACGCCAAUCAUUUAGAGUGGUGGUAAUUAUUAACAUGUUGACAGUCCAAAUAAGGAAUAUCUUUCUUCUGAUGUUAUUAUUAUCUCUCUUGGUACAUAAGUUAAUGAAUAUAACACUAAUUGUAUUAGAACACUGUUCAUUAACCCAACAGAGAUAUAAAAAAAAUUAUAUAACACCAUGUUAGAAGUUUAGAAUAAAGUAAUAGGGUCAUUAACUAUUGGGACUCCUUUAAGUUAAGUUUAUAAGGAAGCUUUAAUUAUGCUAUAGCAGAAGACUACAGAAUUGAGUAUAAACAAUCUUUAAUUUCCAAAUUCAUUUGGAUAUGGAAUUGGACUUGAAUUAAAAGAACCUUACCUUGCUAUCUCUGAAAAGUCUACUCAUGUUGUUGCUAAGAAUGAAGUUUAUUUUGUUUAAGUAACAUUAGAGAAUCUGCCUAAUGGGUAAAAAGGAAUAAGUUACACAAUAACAGUAGGAGAUGUUAUUGUUGUUACAAAUGGAGCAGCUAAUGUGACAACUAAUUAAAUUCCAAAGGCUUAUAAAUAGAUUUCAUAUUAGUUGUAAGAAGAGGAUGAAUAGCCAGCUCCUAAAUAAUAAACUAAAUAAUCAGAUGCUCCAAAAGAAGGUAGAACAAGAGGACCUCGUAAUUAAUAGAUUCAAAUACAAAGAGAAAAUGAGAAGCAAAGACAGAUUCAUUAAGAAAAGUUAGCAAAGGAUAAAUAGAAUGAAUUAGAAUAAAGACUAGAACAUGACUAAUUUGUGUAGAACUCGCAAGAAAUAAAAGCGCUGGAGUUAGAUAAAUUAUAGUGUUAUUAGAAAGUAGAAAAUUAUCCAAAAGAAUUAUAAAAAGGACAGAUAUAUAUUGACAACUAGAAAUGUGCAGUUUUGGUACCAUUGUUGGGCACUCAUGUCGCUUUUCAUGUUUCAUGCAUAAAGAAUGUGAGUAAAAUUGAUGAAGGAAAAAUUGGUUCUUCAAUUAGAAUAAAUUUCUUUACCUCCGAGACAACAGCUGGAUAGAUUCAAUUCCCUCAAAUAGAUGGAGAAACUAUAUUUAUUAAGGAGUUAUAAUAUAGAUCAAAAAAGAGUGAUCGUCCUUAGAAUUUGAUUUUGUAGAUAAAAUAAUUAUAGAAAAAGGUAAAAGCAGAAUAGCAAGUAGAGAGAGAAAAAUAGCAUGUUGGUGAACUAGAGCCUUUAGUGGUUAGUAAGUCAGGAAGAAAACCCAUUUUUAAGGAUUUAAAAGUGAGACCUACAUUUGGUUCAGGUAAAGCUGCAGGCAUUUUGGAAGUGCAUACUAAUGGUUUUAGAUAUAUUCAUUCAAAUAAGGAACAAUUGGAUAUUGUAUUUAAGAAUGUUAAACAUUACAUUUAUUAAAGUCCAGAAUAAGAUAUCAUUGCUGCCUUGCAUUUCCAUCUUCAUUCUCCAAUAGUGUUGGGUAAGAGAAAAACACAUGAUGUAUAAUUUUAUUGUGAGGUUGGAGGAGCUGUGGAACAUUUGGAAGGGAGAAAGAGAACUAAUAGAAAUGAUGAUGAUGAAAUAGAAGAAGAGGAGAGAUUACGUGUCCAUAGAAAGAAGAUGGCAAGAGAGUUCGAAGUUUUCAUUAAGACUAUUGAAGAGAUGGGAGCAGAUUAUAAAAUAUAAUUUGAGAAGCCAUUUAGAGAUCUUGGAUUUGAAGGUAAUUGGAAUAGAGCAAGGCUAUUUUUAUAACCAACUCAUAAUACCUUGAUGAAUGUAGUAGAAAGUCCAUUCUUUAUUCUGACUUUAUCUGAAGUUGAGAUAUGUUGUUUUGAACGUAUAAUUCCAGGGAUAAAAUCAUUUGAUCUAGUGUUUGUAUUUAAGAAUUAUGAUAAAUAAGUUUUGAGGAUUGAAAGUAUAGAUAUAAAAGAUUUGGAAGGUGUUAAAAAUUGGUUAGAUAGGGUAUUAUUGGUAUUUAAUUAUAGAUGAAUUUACUAUUUUUUGAAGUAGCUUAGAAUUUGGUCUGGAAGAAUGUACUUGCCUAAAUAUAAAAAGAUAUUCCAGGAUUUGUUUAAGAUGGAGGUUGGACAAAUAUUUUGGCUGAGAGUGAAGAAGAAGAAGGUGAAGAUGAUGAUCCAGAGGCAGGAGAUAGUGAAUUCUCUCCUGAAUAAUCUGUAUCUUAGUAAUUCUUAUAAUGUAGGGUGGAGAUGAUGAUGAUGAUUCCGAUUUCACAGAAGAUGACGAUGAUGAUGAUGGUGGAAGUGAUGAUGAAGAUGAUGAGGAUGAAGAUUUAUCAGAUGUUCUUGAUCUCAAUAAGAUUAGCGAUCAAGAUGAUGAUGAUGAUGAUGAUGAUUCUGAUUCUGGUAAUUAAUACAUUUAUUAAUAUAGAUAAACAUAGACGUAAAUAUAAAUCUAAACCUUAAUCCAAACCAUAAACUAAACCAUAACAAAAAGCAACCUCAGCAAAACCCACUCAAUAAUAAAAAAGACCACCACCAAGAAAAUGAGU